CAAAUAAUCAAAUUUUCCGCAACAUAUUGAUCUCUCCGCCAAUCUUCGUCUGCAGAACAUUAGUUCAAUCUCUCUCUCUCUCUCUCUCUCUCUCUCUCCGCUGGAAAAGUUAAGGACUGUGUUCAAAUGGCGACGUCAGCUUUCAAGUCCACGACGAAGAGAACUCCGAUAGGAGCCUCUUCAUCAUCCACCGACGACUCCGUAUCCUCCGAUCGGAGCUCAUCUCACCGCCGCUCUAGAAGCCUGAGCAGAUUCUCGCGCCGGCUCCCGGAGACGGCGGCCGAUGAUUUCGAAUACCACGUUCCGGCUCCUAGAGGAAAAUUCGUGAACACGGUGAGGGGCUCGGGGUUCCCUGAGAUCAGCCUCGACGACCUCGCCAUCGAGUUCUUUGGCUCCGGAGAUCGAGGCCGCUCGGGUUCGAGGAGCUCCGAGGCAGUCCCUCUGAGUGAGUCCGGCACGUCGUCGUCGCAGAGGCGAGGGAGGUCGGUGUCAAGGCAGAGCUCGAAAACGGGUGGAGAUGGGAGGGGCAGCUUGUGUAAUACCUCCAGUGGGGGAAGGGUAGUUCCGGAAAGUAAUUCGAGGAGGCGACGGUCUGUUUCGGUUGUUCGCUGUCAGAUUAGCGAUUCCGAGAGUGAUCUAGAUCAUUCUCAGAAUUCUAGAAAUCGUGCUAAUCUGAAGAGUUUUGGUAAUGCAAACAACAAAAUGCCAUUACCCCAUAGGCCGGCAGUUUCAAAUCAAAGACAAGUAUUGAGAAGGUCUUUUAGCCAAAAAGAUUUGCAGUCCCAUGAUGGCUAUUCUAGCCAGUCUUCUGUCCUUACUGAUGAUGAAGGAAAGGAUGCUCAUUCCAAUAGAAGUGGUAUUGAGAAGAACAUGCGGACAUUUUCUGCCCAAAAUAAGGUAGAGCGCCUUGCUUUGGAUGACGUUAAUGGUGAAUUUUAUGCAGCAAUGCGCGAAGAACUUAUAAAUGCUGUGGAGGGGAUCAGAAUGGAACUUGAGCAAGCAGCAGUUAAAACGAAAGAAUCUCUUUCAGGAGGUGAUAAUUGCUUACAACCAAAUAAUUCCAAUGUUCUUCAGGCUGUUUCUUCAAUCAGAAAGAACUACUCAACAGUAUUGGAGCAGUCAGAGAAGCGUAAAAAGGAUUUGUUGGCCAAAAUGGUGUUGGAGGAGCAUCGUGAUCGGGAGCUGUCUAAGAUUGUGAACAAAUUGCUUCCUGAUCCAAAGAAAACUGCUGUGGAAAAACCUUCACAAGCCAGAAAGAGGAGUAAUGACAGAAGUAGGAUGUCAAAGUGUUUGACUGAGGAGGCAGAGAAGUAUAUUGAGGACUUCAUUUCUAACGUUGAGGAUACUGACAUUUCAUCUCUUGAUGGAGAAAGGAGCGAUACAAGCUCAUCUUUAGGAGGAAUUGUAAAGCCGGAAACUCUUCAGAGUCCAGCUGCUUCUAAUCCUCUUCCCGUUGAAAUGGAUGGGGUCGUUCUGCCUUGGUUGUCCUGGGAAGCUAGUAAUGAUGCUACUCCUCAAUCAUGCAAGAGUAAGGCAGAGCCUCCCGUAACUCCAAUCAGCUUAUGGGAUGCAACUCAGGAAGUGUCCAGUGCACAAAAUCAAAGUAAUCGUUCCGCGAGCAGUCGUGGGAGCUGGAGCCCUAGGGUUAUUCCUGGCAUAUCAAUGUACCUAGGAGAAGACGCAUGGAAUAAGUCUGGAGAACCUGGUAGUUAUGGUAGCCAAUCUUGUUCCAGUGAAUCGAGAGGAUUAUGCUUUGACAUGGAUGAUUAUCUCAAGGUCCAAAGCAACGAAGAUUGUCUUUUGGAAAGAUGGAACCAAACCCAGAGAAUCAAUUCAGGUGGUCUUCUGCUUUGUAAUCGCACGUUUUCCUGGAUAUAAUAAUGCCUUUCUUUGUAGUUUUCUUUCCCCACAUUCUACUUUGUACAGAUAGUUUUAUUUAUGAGCAAAUCUUCUCAUUAGCUGGUU